UGGAUCGGGCUGUAUGAUGACAGGGACAGCUGGAGGUGGUCAAUGUCAAACUCAAGCUUCUACAAUAACGAGGAGACGGUCUUCAGACCAUGGAAUUAUCCAGAACCAAACAACUAUUUGGGUAUCGAACACUGCACAGUGAAGGCUUCCAAUGGAAAUUGGAAUGAUGAGAAAUGUGCAGUACCCCAUAAGGCAGUCUGCAUGGAUGUCAAAGGGCAGAAUGUGACAUUUGUCUUUGUCAACAACCUCAUGAACUGGGCUGAGGCCCAGAGCUACUGCAGAGCAAGCUACACUGACCUGGCCAGUGUGAGGAACAUGGCAGAGAACCAGCAGGUACAAAACCUGGUCCCUGCUGGAGGUAUCGUCUGGAUUGGCCUUUACAGAGACUCCUGGAAGUGGUCCGAUGGAAGGAAAUACUCCUUUAGUCACUGGUCAGCAUCUGAACCCAACAACAUAGAUGGCAAUGAGCUGUGUGUGGUUGCACACUUCAACAACUCUGGAAGAUGGGAGGACUGCGGAUGUGAAGAUAAGAGACCCUUCAUUUGCUACAAACUCCUAAAGGUUGUUUCAAAGCAAGUGAUCAAAGUGAGGUUGCAGUACACAGGCUCCAAUCUGAAUCUGAGCGACGAGGCUGUGCAGAAUGACAUGUUGGUGAAGAUCAAACAGCAGAUGAAGAAGACCCAGGGAUUGGAUGACAACAUCCAGCUGAGCUGGAGGAAGCAGCCGGAUGGAAAGAUCUUCCACAAGGAGCAGAAGGAUGAGCUUUAGUGUUGAACUGCUGUGUCGGUUUUCAUCAGGGAAAAUUGUGCUUCUUUUAUCAAAGUCCUCAACAGAAUAUAGCUUCAACAUUACCUGAUUGAUCCAUUAGUUGUAACUAUUUUCAUUGAAGAUUUUAUGCUUUUCCUUGUUUUAUAUCUUGACCUGAAGUUAAUAUCUUUGAGCUUUAGACUGUUGAAAUGAUAUGCUUGGUAUUUCGGAAAUAAUGACAAGCAUUAUCCACUAAUUUCUGACAUUUUUAGAUCGAUAGAUGAGAUAAAAUAUCUAAAGAAAUUAUAACAUAACAGUGUGAAAUCAUUUGCAGGGCUGUGUGUAGUUCCACUCGCAUGUGUUUGUGCCCCUUAUGUUGUGAAGAAUCUUGUCGUAAAGAGUAGGCUAAAUGUUGUUGAGGCCUUCAUAUAGGUUGAAUAAUUAUAAUCAAAUAUAAUCAAAUAUAUUCUCGUAUAACCCACAAUAAAAAUUCUGUAUAUUUUAUGUUGUUCUAUAUACUGUAUAAUCACAUACAAAAUACAAGUGGUUUGUUAGAUGAGUUUAGAAGCCUAUUAUAGUUUAUGGGUGUCACUGAUAAAAGAGGGGAGACAGUUUCUUCUCUCACAGCUGU